AUGAAUGGAAAUCAAUUUUGUUUUGAUGCAAAUGUAGAGGAUGUCUCAAAUUUUAUGGAUCCUUCAGCAAGGAAAAGCCCAAAAUCUCUAAAAGCUCUGGCAAUCCAGUGCAGAGAAAAACUGUCACUUUUACAAAAUGCAACAUAUCUGUGCCAAAGUGAAGGUGCUUUUAGAGCACUGGACUACUCCAAACAUCCAAAGAGUAUAUUGAAACUGAAAGACAGGAGAUCAAAAAGUAUCCAUAAAAAAGUGCAUUUUGAGGGAGAGGCUGAUUUGAGUCAUCCACUUACUCAUAUGGACCACGAUCAGGCUUUAGAUGCAGUUAAGAAGCUAUGGAACCUCAGGGAAAGUUCCAACUACAUAAUAGCAAAGGUGUCCGCCUACAAUAUAACAGAUGAGGAUUUUAAGUCACUAGCUUGUAGGAACUGGUUGACAGAUCAGGUCAUGGAUCCAUACAUCGCAUUUAUAGUUCAAGCUGAAAUUGAAAAGGGUAAACAGAUCACAAUGUACCCUUCACAAACCAUGACUGCUAUUAUGAGUGGUACUUUUUCAGUGGAAAAUUGUCGAAAGAAGCUAAAAGUGUUUGAAUGUGAAGCCAUAGUAGGAGCUAUUAUCAAACAUCAGCAUUGGACAUUAGUGAUUGUUGAACCUAAGAAGGGAUUGAUUUAUUUCUACAAUCCAUUGAAUGAGAGGAGGAUCCAAAUCAGGGACAUUCAAAGAAAUUGGUGUUCGUACAUGAAUGCAAGGAUGAUUGCUCUGAAUGAGCUGGAUAACAUGCAGUGGAAAGUGGAAACAAGAGAGCAUUCAAAGCAAACUGAUAGUUUCAAUUGUGGAGUGUAUUGCCUUAUGUUUGCUGAAAGACAUUUCAGUGGACAGCCCAUCUCGAACAUUACCAAUGCAGACUUGGACUUGAUGAGAAUCCGAAUUGCUACAGAUUUAAUGAUGUUUGAAGUGUACCUGACAGAACAUUGUCCUGCAUGUGGAUUUGUUACACGGAGAGAUAAUGAGAUGAAUUGUGAAGAACGCACCAGACACUUUCAUAAAAAACCCCACUGUGUUGGGGAGGAAAACAUUUCAAAAAAUAGCUUUAUCUGCAGGAUGUGUACCAUUCGAUUUUGGGGAGAAAACGACAAUAAAAAAUCACCUGGAAAAAAUGCUGCUAAAAAGACAAAGAAAUCCAUCAGUCUGAGGAAGAAAUCUUCAAAGUGAAUUUGAUUUUUUGAGGACCUUCAGUUUCACGAAGAUGAGCAUGUAUAAGAGUCAUUUGAUAAUCAAUGACCUUCACAGACAAUGUAUUACAAGUGAAAUUUUAUUGUCAGGCAACUCUCUCUUCAAAUAAUGUUUAAAUGUUGUAAUAUACUGAAAAUUAUGUACAGUGUACCUACAUUUUGUUCCAAUAAUGUAUAUUUUGUGAGAAAUAGUACACGAUUUACAGCAUACAUAGAAAUCAGUACAUUAAAUAAUUCAAUGAUUCAGAAAUCAUGAAUUUGUUUUCAAUGAUGUUCUAUUAUGAAACUUAAAGCAGCAUUCUGAUAUUACAAUCUAGUAUGUUUAAAAUGUUUUGUGAAUCACAUAUAGGAUAAAGGUUUCAAGUACUAACAUUUAGUCGAUUUGAUAUUUGUAAUACACCUUAUGAUGAUGCUCUGAUAUGAUUUGUAAAUUGUAAUCUGUAUAGUAUGAUAUCAUAGACACUUCGAGGUCAUAUUGGGCAAGGUGUACAUCAAACCCAAUGUUUUUCUUUUCAAGGACCC